AUGGGGAACUUCAGUUGUGCAAGAGACAGGUGCUUCACCACAAUGAUCGGAAGACUGGCUGCUUUGGUUCUUCUCAGUACAGUGUGUAAGUGCAGCUUUUGUGUUAAAUAGUGUAACUAAAACACACUUAAAGACAUCGGUCAAUGUUUGUAUUUUGAAUAAAUCAUAAAGACUUUAAACAGACUAGCCGACACAUGUUUUUAAUGCUCUCUUCCUUUUGUCAUCUGCUUUUUCUUUGUCCAGGUCAAACCAAAGACAUGCCUCACCCGUUCUCUCUAACUGUAGUUGAACCUGGAGGUAACGCCACUUUGUUAUGUUCGGGUGCUAAGGCUGAAGCCGGCUUGUUUAACUGGUAUAGGCUGGUGUCUGGAUACAUGGUGCAGACAAUUACAGCAGGAAGUUUUGCCAAAAUCACCCUUGAAGAGCAAUUCAGUAACCCGAGGUUCGAGAUCAAAAAAGAGGGCACCCUGUUCCUUCUUAUCAUCAGAAAUGUCAGCAAAGAGGACGAGGCAACAUAUUUCUGUCAAGCUGGAUCUCCGUACACAAUGAAAGUUGUAAACAGCACAUUUUUGACUGUGAAUGGUAAAGUAUGCUCAUUUCUGUUUUCAUUGUUUCUACUUGAUUUAUAAAGUGACAUCUACCUUUAUGUUAUUUACACAGACCAUAAGAACCAUCUCAGUUUCGUCUAUGUGAAACAAAGACCAGAGACUCAGUCUGUUCAGGCGGGAGACUCAGUGAGUCUCCAGUGUUCACUUCUCUUCAAGGACAAAGAAACCAGAGAGCAGUGUCCACGUGAACACGAUGUGUACUGGUUCAGAGCUGGAUCAGGAGAAGCUCUUCCUGGUGUUAUUUACAUUAAAAACCCAAAAAGUGAUGAAGACGAGGAGAGGCGGUGUGUCUACAGUCUUUCUAAAACCAUCCAGAACUCCUCUGAUGCUGGGACUUACUACUGCGCUGUGGUCACAUGUGGAGAAAUCCUGUUUGGAGAAGGAACUACUGUGGAGACAAGUAAGCCUUUAUGAUUAUAUUUUAUUAGUGACUUUUAAAUAAGUACCAUGAAAAUAAAAAAAGCUCAACAACUGUUUACAGUAACUGCAGUUUCAUUUAUCAGUACUACCUGGUACUUACCACUGGAACUGCUACCAUUUUGAGAUGUUGAAGCGUUACUGAGAUUGGUCAAAAAGACCUAUAAAUGCAACUGUAAUCUGAUUUUGAAGGUUUAUUUCAAGUCCCAUUUUGAUUAAAUGAAUCUGGAUAAAAACAGAUCAUGUGACAAAAAAAUUAAAAGUAAGGGUGUUCAGUUGGUGGAGCAGGCAUCCCCAAAUUGUAGGAUGAAAUACCUGUGCUGACAGGAUUUGAUGCAUAAUAUAAGUUUUAAGUUCUAAUAAAUUCUAUGGUUAUGGGCAGUAAGUUACUGGUGUAUGUUUUGGAUGCUUUCUCUUACAUGAAUGAUCGUGGAUUUAGUUCACUAUGACACUCCUCUGCACAACAUCCUCUAGCUUGUGCGUUUUCUAAUUUUUCCCCCCACCUUCUUCAUGGAUAUGGAAAAACUAAGGGUAAAGCAAAGAUUUAACCUUCUUCUGUCUUGUUUUCCUGAAGUGUUUUCAGGACAAGAAUGGAGCCCAGUUGUCAUCACCCUGGGAGCACUGUUGGUCCUCUGUUUGAUUGUCAUCGCCGUUCUUAUCUUCUCAAGAGACUGA